AACAUAAUACCAGAUAAUGAUCCAAAAUGUCUUCAUUCUGCUUAAGGAUUUUAACGUCAUCCACAUUUAUACCGUAAAACAGUAUUAAAUCUAAUGUAUGAUAUUGAAGGUGAGUGGGUCCUGACACAUGUUGACUAACACCCAUGGAUUUAAGAGUGUCUUUGAAAGGAGGCCUAUAUACAAUAGCUGGAAUACAUUUUCAAAAUGUUUUAUCCUUAAUAUUAGGUGUUUAUACAUGAAGUACCAUUACUUCAAAAUAAUUGUAUUUAGAGUCAGACAUCUGGGAAAUGAUAAAAGAGUUAUUGUAAAGUGUUGAGACAGCUCCCCUCUGCCUUUUAGAUGAGGCUCAUGAUUAUAAUAAUAAUAUUGGGGGACAGAUUCAUUUAAAGUAAUAUAAUCAUCUGGUUUUAGCCCUGUGUCUGUCAAACAGAGCAUGUCUUUUUUAUGAUCGGUUAUCAUACGGUUAAGAAAAAGUGCUUUAUUAGAAAGAGAUCUAAUAUUUAGCAUUUCGAGUCGUAACAGUUGAUUAUCCGCAUUUUCUUUAUGUUUAAUUUGUUCUAUGUUUAUUCAAUUACUUUCAAGAGGUUUAUGCAUUAUUUUAAGUUUGCUAAUCUGGGGGACAGACACUGUCUCUAUUUUAUGAUGUUAGGGAAAGGGAUUAUUACAUGUUGUAAAUUUUGUGUAUUCUUCGAUAUGAGACGGCAAGCAGACAGUUGGUUAAGCAUUCUGUCUGCUCCCUGACCUGGGCCCCAGUGAGUCAAGCUUUAGCAUUAUUAAGACUUUGUGCCAUAUUUCUAGACAGGAGGGAAGCCUCAGCCCAGGAGGUAUGGAGACCGACUCUUUUCAACAUGUCAGGUCUGCCCUCAAAAUUCUUCCAGUUAUUUAUAAAAACCAUAUCAUUCUGCAGGCACCACUCAGACAACCAGCCAUUAAGAGAUUAUAAUCUGCUAUAAAUAUCAACACCACAAUAAGCAGUGAGGGGGCCAGAGAAUAUUACAGUGGAAAACAAACAGGUUGAUUUGUAAGCGUCUGGAAACAAUGCUCAGAUAAACACACAGAUAACCUGCCACACACCUGCUGCCUUCAGUCAUCAUUUCAAACACAAACACGCAGGUGAAACACGCACAAGAGAUCCGCUGUCCACACAUCCUGGUCUCACAUCACUGACAGUAAACACCAUCCACAGUAACAUUUAGUCGUAUUGUUGAAAGUAAUUUGUGGGUGUGUUAUCUGUGAUGUUUGAUGAUCUCAGGUUCAGAUUAAUUUCACUAUUUAAGAGCAGAACACGGGUUGAGUGAAACCAACAGUGCUGGACACAUCUGGUGUUAGAUCAUAUUCUCUUUAGCGUCUGUCUCCGCUCCGUGUCAUGUGUAAGGGUCUCUCUGGCCUCCCGUCCUCAUGCCUGGAAAAGGCAAAGGGAAUGAAAGUCAAACUGACUCACCUGGCUGAAAAGCAAGAGUGGGUUCAUAAACACAGGGCAACUGAAGAAAAGCCGCCGCAAGAUCUGGAGACUUUGCUUAACGGCAAAAUGGCUGUUCAAGCUUUCCGCUGGUUCCUGCGUUCAGAGUUCAGUGAGGAGAACCUGGAGUUCUGGCUGGCGUGUGAAGAUUACAAGAACUCAUCCGCGUCCAAACUGCCAGCCAAAGCCCAGAACAUCUACAACCAGUUCAUCAAUCCUGAUGCUCCUCUUGAGGUGAAUCUGGACAGUGAGACCCGCGAGAUGUUAAUGGACCUGAUGGAGACACCCACAGCCGAGACGUUUAAUGAAGCUCAGCACAGAAUCUUCUCUCUGAUGGCUAAAGAUUCAUUCCCUCGUUUCCUGCGGUCCACUAACAGCCAGCACCCUCUCAAAGCUCUGUGAGACACGACCCAUCUUAAACCCACUUAUCAUCUGGUUAAAAAUUUGUUUCAUUACUUAAACUGUCCAUAUAGAUGCACGGAUCAUAGAGGGGUCUGGUGUAGUUGUGUUAAUGUAAAUGUUAGAAAUGUGUUUAAUAGAAACUUUGUUUUUGCCGUGUUUAUGAGAACUGUUCAGAACGUUUUAUCUUAAAUCCUGAUCAUUUAAUAAAAUAUCUUGUUUCAAAAGAGA